UCCGUCGGCCAUUUUAGGUGGUCCGCGGCGGCGCCAUUAAAGCGAGGAGGCAAGAGCGGCCGCCGCUACUGCUUAUUCUUUUUUAGUGCAACGGAAGAGAGCGGGAGAGUGCGCUGCGCGAGAGUGGGAGGCGAGGUGGGCAGGCAGGGAGAGGCGCAGGAGCCUUUGCAGCCACGCGCGCCUUCUCUGUCUUGUGUGCUUCGCGCGGUACAGCGGGCGCGCGGCAGCGGAGGGGAUUACUUUGCUGCUAGUUUCGGUUCGCGGCAGCGGCGGGUGUAGUCUCUUCGGCGGCGGAGGCAGUAGCACUAUGUCGGAGGAGCAGUUCGGCGGAGACGGGGCGGCGGCGGCGGCAGCAACGGCGGCGGUAGGCGGCUCGGCAGGCGAGCAGGAGGGAGCCAUGGUGGCGGCGGCGCAAGGAGCAUCGGCGGCGGCGGGAAGCGGAGCCGGGACCGGGGGCGGAACCGCGGCCGGAGGCACUGAAGUGGGUAGCGCCGAGUCGGAGGGGGCGAAGAUCGAUGCCAGUAAGAACGAGGAGGAUGAAGGGAAAAUGUUUAUAGGAGGCCUUAGCUGGGACACUACAAAGAAAGAUCUGAAGGACUACUUCUCCAAAUUUGGUGAAGUUGUAGACUGCACUCUGAAGUUAGAUCCUAUCACAGGGCGAUCAAGGGGUUUUGGCUUUGUCCUGUUUAAAGAGUCGGAGAGUGUAGAUAAGGUCAUGGAUCAGAAAGAACAUAAAUUGAAUGGGAAGGUGAUUGAUCCUAAAAGGGCCAAAGCCAUGAAAACAAAAGAGCCUGUUAAAAAAAUUUUCGUUGGUGGCCUUUCUCCAGAUACACCUGAAGAGAAAAUAAGGGAGUACUUUGGUGGUUUUGGUGAGGUGGAAUCAAUAGAGCUCCCCAUGGACAAAUCUAAUAAGAGGCGUGGAUUCUGCUUUAUUACCUUUAAGGAAGAGGAACCAGUGAAGAAGAUAAUGGAAAAGAAAUACCACAAUGUUGGUCUUAGUAAAUGUGAAAUAAAAGUAGCCAUGUCAAAGGAACAGUAUCAGCAACAGCAACAGUGGGGAUCUAGAGGAGGAUUUGCAGGAAGAGCUCGUGGAAGAGGUGGUGGCCCCAGUCAAAACUGGAACCAGGGAUAUAGUAACUAUUGGAAUCAAGGCUAUGGCAACUAUGGAUAUAACAGCCCAGGUUACGGUGGUUAUGGAGGAUAUGACUACACUGGUUACAACAACUACUAUGGAUAUGGUGAUUAUAGCAACCAGCAGAGUGGUUAUGGGAAAGUAUCCAGGCGAGGUGGUCAUCAAAAUAGCUACAAACCAUACUAAAUUAUUCCAUUUGCAACUUAUCCCCAACAGGUGGUGAAGCAGUAUUUUCCAAUUUGAAGAUUCAUUUGAAGGUGGCUCCUGCCACCUGCUAAUAGCAGUUCAAACUAAAUUUUUGUAUCAAGUCCCCGAAUGGAAGUAUGACGUUGGGUCCCUCUGAAGUUUAAUUCUGAGUUCUUAUUAAAAGAAAUUUGCUUUCAUUGUUUUAUUUCUUAAUUGCUAUGCUUCAGAAUCAAUUUGUGUUUUAUGCCCCUCCUCCCCAGUAUUGUAGAGCAAGUCUUGUGUUAAAAGCCCAGUGUGACAGUGUCAUGAUGUAGUAGUGUCUUACUGGUUUUUUAAUAAAUCCUUUUGUAUAAAAAUGUAUUGGCUCUUUUAUCAUCAGAAUAGGAAAAUUUGAGGAAUAUAAAAAAAUUUUUGUCAUAGAAUCAAGUUAGUCGA